AUGACUACAUCAUCAAGUAGUUUCAUUCAACCUUUUGUAGAAUGGAGACAAGCUGAAAUCAAAAGUUUUUAUCCAAAUAAAGAUUUGGGCAAUUUUGCAGAAUCUGUUUUCCAAGCAAAUAUUUAUUUAAGUAAUUCAACUUUUAUAAAUGGAUUUGAUGUUGUCAAGCAAAAGUCAGAUGAAUAUUUUUUAAGUCUUAUCAACUACUAUUUACCACCACUUGGUCGUGCAGUAAUUGGAAACCAAAAUGCUCCUUCGCUAGAGAUGAUUCAAAAGACCAAUUGCAAUUCAUCAUUCAAAUCAUUCUUUGAAAAGUAUUCGAAACUGUUCUUGCUUCAAAUGCUUUUCAAGGAAAAGAAUAGUACCCGUUAUCCAACACCGAUUCGUGGCGAUAGAGUCGAACAAGAGAUGAAGGCAAUGAACAGAGAUUCUCUCCUAAGCACUCUCACCAUGCGACUCUACUACUUUGCACUCAGAGACACCUGUCCAGGGUUUCUUCCGUUCAUCUAUAAUGCCCAGAAAGUCAUUCCAAACGUUAGAUCCUACUUGAAGACACCCGCCAUGGUUCAAAGGUAUGUCUCUACAGCGUACACUACCAACAAAUCAAGUGAAGCCAAACGUAGCCCUCUGGAUUCAACUGCAUUCGCUGAGCUCAAAUCCAAGUUGGAUUUACUGGAUCCAACAUUUGCUCUCUCUUCUGAAAUCAUUGGAUUGUAUAACAAUGCGUUGUUGGCACUCUAUGCUUCACAGGAUAUCAAGCAGACACCCGUCACCCAGAAGAUCUACGAGGAGACCAUCCAAUAUUUUAUCAAGAAAACCGAAUCAUCGAAAAAUGAAUUCCUUGAAACUGUGAAAAGAUUAAAGGCACUCUAUCAAGGCAGUGUUAUAACUUUAUCUCAGAAACUAUCACAGGCGUUCUUCUCUGUUGCUCAGAAAGCUACCAUUGAACUUGGAAACAUCAGCGAUAAACACAUGUACACAUUGGAUAGCACUCGUUACAUAUUUGAACUCAGUAAAACCAAAGGAUUUGCAAACAACCCUGCAUUUACACAGUUGAAGAAUGAUGUUAAUUUCUACAAGUUUUCCAAUGGUCUAAUGCUUGGUUGUCAAAUCCUUACGAUUGGUUAUGGAUUGCUUAACUACAACAAGAUGGAUGUUUUCGAAAAGACAUUGUUUUGGUCAGGUGCUGGUUUGACAAUCGUUGAUCUUGUCAAUGUAGUGGGUAGUAGUUUGUUCAACACCAAUAUUUUUAUUUUUAUUGGUCAAAGGAUAUCCAGCUACACUGUCUACAACAAAACCGCUACAGUUGCCAAGAUGCUCACCAACGCAACGAAAUUCACUGGCAAGUUUUUCAUCUACAUUUCUAAAUAUGUGACCCCGGUUCUGCUCGUUGUAACCAUUGGAUUAGCUGCUGCUGAUUGCUUUAAUGCCGCCAAACAACAGAGUUGGGGUAUGUUGGCGCUUUCAACCAUAGAACUAUCGGCUAGCGUGGCACUCUUGGUUGACACAAUUGAAGUCUCUGAAUCGUUGAAUCAUGAACAUAAGGUAACAGGCGGGAUUGAACCGUCGACCAAAGGAUUUGCAGUCCUCUACUCUACCACUGAGCUAUGUCACCUUUCGAUGAAGAAUUUGUUUUGGAGAUGGUGCGAAGCACAAUAUGAAUUACAAAAGAAAUUGGUCGAUGAUAAUCCAUCGAAUAAGUUCCACAGAGGUCAUGUCGAAUACAAUCUUCCAGUGAUGAUCAUCACCAAGAUACUUAGAUAUUGCAAUCUAAGAGUAAUGUACAUCGAGAAACUUUUGUGUAUGACCAAUCUCCAAUCUCUUACUCUCAUUGAUUUAUCAUUGGAUUUGCCACAUAUCAAAGCAUUACGCAUAAUCAAUUCGCUUAGGAAGGUAGAUCUAAUACAAUCAUUCAUUAAUCGUCCACACGAAGCUUUUACUCUACUUUGUAGUUUACCGUUGCUCGAAACAAUCAAAGCUAAAAACCUGAAUGUCACUUGUAUUGCAGGCCGAAGAGCGACGUACAUCAAAAAACUUUUAGGUAUCAGUUUAAAGCAGGACGAUAAUAGUAAAAGCUUUGAAUUUCCGAAUCUUCAAAAGAUAUCGUUCACAGACAACCCAGAGAAUCAUAAAUUGUUCAACCAGUUCUCUUUUGCGAAUAUCACAUAUCUAUCGGUUUAUUUGAUUUCAUAUAUAAAAUAUUGGGUACCAAUCUUGGAGCAAUUAAAAUGUUUGGUCACACUCGAGGAUCAAACAUUUCAUAUUACAUCAUAUGGUCAAUUGAUGAGUAAUGAACUUAAAAACAUAGCACUGCCAGCAACACUAUCUCGAAUCAUCAUCCAUGUCAGCACUGAAUUGGAAAUAAACAACUAUUUGAUUGAAAUGGGUUAUCAUUACUCGAGUCAACAUAUUCUAUGGACAAAUGAUAGAUUUGAAUUCAUGAAAACUAAAAAAAUAAUUUUUAAUAAAAAUUUAAACGAUAUACUUACAUGUAAUAUAGAUGAGUUAUCAAAGCUAUUGAAGGUUCAAAUCUAUCAGCUAUGUGUCAUCAAUGGAAUCAAGGUGAAAACAAGUUCAACUAAAUCAACUCUGCUCCAACUGUUAAUAGACAAAAGAGAGAAACAUUAUCGAUUGAUUUCAUUUAGAAAUGAACUUUCAUUGUUGGAUCGAGAUCAACUCUAUAAGUUCUGUUCAGAUAAUAAUGUAAAACAACAUCAUUCUACUGGUAUAGAUAUGCUUCUUUUACAGGCAAUCGAUAUUAAAGAAGCACAAUAUCAAUUGCAAAAGAAAUUGGUCGAUGAUAAUCCAACGAUUAAGUUCCACAGAGGUCAUGUUGAAUACAAACUUCCAGUGAUGAUCAUCACCAAGAUACUUAGAUAUUGUUGGCAGUUAUCGACGAAUCGCCAUAGUCCUUUAUUCUCAUACCGAGAAGCACUAAAACUGACACAAAUUGACAAACAAUUCUUUGGAAUUGUAGGUCAGAUGUUUAACAGUGUCAAACUUCGUAUUCAAGCACCAAAAUCUGAAUUUCGUAACGCAACAGAGAGAGAAGCUCAAAUUGUUCGACUUACCAAUGCAUGGUGUCCAAUCAAACAUAUCGUAAAAAUUCAAUGCAGCACAAUAACCUUUGGAUAUUUAAUGGAAGUACAGUCUGCUCAUCUCCAACAUAUUUUAUCAACCGUUGAAAAGAUAUCUCUCUAUAAAGAAUCUAAUCUCAGGGUUCUUAAAGCUAAGAGCAUAUCUGAUAUUAAAUUUUUAGCCAAUCUUCAAUCACUCAAGCUCGAAUAUAAUCACCUCUCUCUAGAUCCCUCGGAGCUCCAAGUAAUUUGUGCAAUCAGUUCACUAAAAAAGAUAAACAUUAUUAAUGUUUUUGGGUACCCAGAUGACACUAUCUAUUCAUUAUGUAGUUCUUUACCGCUACUGGAAUCAAUCAAAGUAAAGAACCUCGAUAUCGAUACUAUUCCUCACGCCAGUCACUCUAGAAUCAAAAAACUUUCAAGAGUACUUUUGAAAGCGUCAUUCAGCAGCUUUGAACUUCCCAAUCUUCAAAAGAUAUCAUAUGAACCAUACAAUGGAGAGCAAAUCAACGAAAACCAUAUUAAAUUCCUCACGCUAUCGAAUAUCACACAUCUUUCAGUUUAUUUGAAAUGUAAAAUCGAUGUUUGGAUACCAAUCAUAAUUCAGUUAAAGUGUGUUGUCACUAUCAAGGAUUUAGAAUUUCAUCAACAAUCCGAUGGACAAGCAUUCAAUAACGUACUCCAAAACUACACACUACCACCAACACUGUCACGAAUCAUCAUUCGAACCAAAACAAAUGAAUUUGAUCCAAACAACUAUUUGAAUGAUAUUGGAUAUCAAUAUUCAAAUACCUAUUUCAUUGGUGACUAUCGACAUCGAUCAAUGGUAUUACUCAGUGAUAAUGAUAUUACGAAUGAUAUCAAUCAGUUUGAUGAUGUUAAACAAUGUAUAUCAGAAUAUUUCAGCCAAAUUAAAACUGAUAAGACAUCAAUCAAUCAAACAUUUAUCUCUAACGCACUGAAUUCACCACUUUUCAACGAUUUCUAUUGCAUCAGUUACUUACUUUCAUUCUGUGAGCAACCUGAUGUUCUGGAUAGCAUAGAGAUCGAAAAUUCAAUCAACUCCAUUCGACGUUUUUCAUUGUUAAACAUAUCACUCAAUAUUGAAUCUUAUUUUUUUAAGAGUAUCGAGGAUGAUCAUAACAACAAAAAUAGUAUUUCAAAUCUGUCAAUUCAAAACAAGACAAUAUUAUUAUGGUAUAUACUGAAUGUCAAUGCUAGUUUACUCGAACAAAUAUAUAAAAACGAUAAAUACAUAUUCCGUAUGUUGGGUAACGACGAUGAUUCACAAUCAAAUGAAUAUCUUACAUUCUUUAAUAUUUUGAUUCAUGUUGGAUGGCUCAAUCCUCAGGAGAAAGUCAAAGAAGAAUACCAACACUACUUGAAGAAAAAAGUAAAAGUCAAACAAAGUGCUCUAAUAGAUUUGUUUUUAUCGAGCAGUUCAAACAAGAAGAUACUAGUUGGUUCAUUGUUUAAAAUGAAUUCAUACUUUAUCAGAGAUGUUAAUGUCGAUUCUAUUGUUCAACGAUUGGAAACAUCAGAGUUUGGAGAGAUGAUGAUUCGUCAAUUUCCAUUACACGUUGGAAUAAGGAAUUUGGAAUCAUUGCUUAUUUUCGACAUCUACAGAGUGAGAGCCAUUGAAAUGCCUUCCAAUCUUUUUCAUCAUAUUUUGGAAUAUAUCAAAUCGAAUGAUGUGGAUAUUAUAUUAUAUUUUGAUAAAUUUAAAGAACCAGUUAUAUUUAGAGUAUUGGUUAAUUCACUCAUUCUCAUGGAAUCAUUAGAUCGCGAAUUAAUUCAAAGUGUUCUUACACCGUUCAAACUAGAGUUUCUUCAAUUUUCGAAUAGCUAUGUCCAAGAAUAUGGAUAUCUUUUUUCCGAUCGAAUGAAAUUCCUCAGAAUGGUUUCAGGAUUCUUUACAGACCAUAAGCAUUUGCAGAUCUUUCAAACCAGAUUUUGUCAGUUGUUGUAUUCUAAAUUCGCCAUAGAUUUUGUUAUUUGCGAUCCAUUCGCUUCAAUUGGCUUCAAAUUGUUUGAUAGGAUACACAAUCACGAUCCAACUUUAAUCAACAAAAUAUUCAAAAAGAUAAAUCACCAAAUAGUUUUCAACAUCAUAGUAUAUCAAAGAUCUUUUUCAUAUAUCAAUCGAUUCUUUCCAGAAAAUCAGAAAUCACCAGUUCAACAAUGUUAUUUAGAUUGCAAUACCACCAAACCCACACCAACUUUAAAUUAUGUGGUUCUAAAGCAUAUCAUUUCAAUGUUACUCUUUGAUAAAUACUUGGAUACGAAAUCUAAGGUUCAGCUUUCAAUGGUUUCCAAAAUUUUCUUCAACUGUUGUUCUUCUCUCUUUACCAAUAUUCCAAACGUGACCAUCCGAAUUUCAAGCAGACUCGAACAUAUUGGUUCACAGUUUUGCUUAUUCAAGAAACCACCUCCUCACUUGGAUGACACUGAACUUAAAUAUAUUCCCUAUGCUUUCAAAACGGAAUGUCUUGACAAUCUAGAAUCAUAUAGACAUUUUGAAUUUGGAUAUUCUAUUCCUGAAACACCGAUCUUUAUGAAUUUGAAAUUCCUUAAAUUCAGAAGAUCGUUAUUCGGAACAAAUACUCAUUUUCAAAGAAUGUUGGAUGCCACUAACAAAGAUCAAUUGGUUUCGGUGGAAUUUAUUUUUUCAAAUUUACGCUCAAUUUUGGUGAAUGAAGAAAUAUCAGCUCUUUUGGAGCUAAGAAAAUCCUGUCCCAAUGUCAACAUCUCAGCAUCUGCUUCAACAACAGAUAUCGCCAUCGACAAUCCUGAUCAACACUCUCUGAUCACAUCUUGUUAUUUUGAUUCAGAACCCCCCAAGAACAUAAUUCUUUCCAAUCUUAGAAAGAUACAAGUCAGAGAAGACUUUACAUUAACUAGAUGUAAUAAUUUUGACUUAACCGAGUUAAAUCAAGUUUUCGAUAUAUUAAAUCAAGAAAAAGGACAACAAAUUAAAAUAGUAAAAUUAAUUUACAAUGGAUUCAAUGGAAAUGAUAUCUAUAUUCCAAUGUUAAAUCAAUCACUUUUAUCAGACAACUUGCUUCUAAGUCAUUUUUCGAAUAACACAUUAGAUAUACUUGUAUGGUUUCUAUUUCCAUCGGCAGUUUUAAUUCAACUAUGUAUCGGUUCGCUUUAUUCAUGGUCAAUUUAUAAUAAACCAAUUGACAAAGAGGUGAAUGGAAAUGAGAAUGAAGGAAAGGGGCCAAUAACAUUUUACAUUGCAGUUGGUGUAUUUGGUUUUUCUGUUGCCACAAUGGGAACCUGGCUUGAGCGUAAUGGUCCGAAGAUGGGUAUCUUCUUUGGUGGUUUAUUCUUUUCAGUUGGUCAUUUAGUAACAGCUCUUGGUAUUCAUCUUAAACUGAUGUGGUUAAUCUAUAUUGGAUAUGGUAUUCUCGGAGGAUUCGGACUUGGUUUAACAUACAUAUCCCCAGUCUCCACACUACAGAAAUGGUUUCCAGAUCAUCGAGGUCUGUCUUCUGGUUUUGCAGUUUGUGGAUUUGGUGCUGGUAGUAUUGCAUUUGGUCAGAUUCCAUUGCCAAUCAUUGAAAAAGUUGGUCUAUCUCUGAACUUUGUAAUACUUGGUUGUAUUUUCUUAACGAUAAUCCUGUCACAAUGUCUACUUAUUAGAGUUCCUCCACCUGGAUACAUUGUAAAUGGAAUGAACUCAGAUAGAGAACUUGUAGAUGAGAAUGGACAAAUAAUCACAGAGGAAUCUGCCAAUAAUCCAGAUAUAGAAAUAUUAGAGAUACCAUCGAAGGAAAAGAUACCGACAGAAGGAGAGAAUGAAAAGGAGGAUAAAAAGGAAACAGAUAUAGUGAUAGUUGAUGAAAAACAACAACAAGUUCAUCAACAGCAACAGCAACACUUAGGUCAAUCGACAACACAAAGAAGGAAAUAUACAUUAAUUCAAGCUUUGACAAGCAAGGAAUUCAUAUUGAUUUAUAUUAUGUUCUUCGCUAAUUGCCUGUUUGGUUUGGUUGCAAUCUCACGUUUAUCGAAUAUGAUUCAAGAUAUUUUCGGUCAGUCAAAGAGUACUGCUUCCAUGGUUGUAUCGGUCAAUGGAGGUUUCAAUCUAUUUGGUAGACUAGCAUUUGCAACUACAUCGGAUUUAAUAGGUAGAAAGGUUAUUUUUAUAUUCACUCUUACCUGUCAAGCAAUCAUUGUUGGAUUACUUCCAACCCUAACAAGAGAACAUGAAUACGUGGCAUUCAUAGUUGUAAUAUGGUUACUAACUGCUUGUUAUGGUGCAGGUUUCGGAAUGAUUCCUGCUUUACUCUGUGAUUUGUUUGGUUCUAAGAAUGUUGGUGCUUGUCAUGGUGUAAUUCUUACUGCAUGGAGUAUAGCUGGUGUUGGUGGUGGUCUAUUAUUCACCGCCAUCUUCAACAAAAAGAAAAGAGAAGGUUAUACUGUUAAUGAUUAUCAACCAUAUGCUGUCAACUUUUAUUGGAUCCUAGCUAUCAUAUUGAUGGGAUGGUGUAUUAUAUUCUUUGUAAGAGUAACACCUAAACAUCAAGUACUGAUAUUCAUAGCGAUGAUGAAUAUCGGAUCCGCUUGA